GUUGACGAUGACAUAAAUUCUCCCGUCUUAUCACAUCAUUUUUUUAAAAUCCGCAUGCUGACAUCUAGCAGUAAUGCUAAUGGAGGCGCAUCACGCAGGGACGUCUCCCUAUCUUAAGAAGAGGAGCUGCAGGAAGCCAAAGGAAACGAAGCAUAGCCGUAGAAGCAUUUCACAAGUCUUGAAGGGAUUGUGCUUGCUGCUUGCAUAGUGGUAGGAGAUGGAGCGUCCAUCUGUGCUGAUUUUGCUGAUAUUUGCAUUUGCUGGAGGAAAUCUGCUCGUGGGCAUCGCCUCUAACGCAAGAAGCAUCAAGAACACAGAUCCAGGACAUGGAAGCAUAGAUCUAAACGACAGGAAACUGAAGGAACGAUAUACUUUUACCAUCCGAAAGACAAGGGGCCUGGAAAAUGUCAGGACGGACGACUACCAACCCGUUGACCCGAGCCCAAGCUCCAAAGCCACGAUCAGGCCAGGUCCAAUUGAGCAUGGAGCUCCGCUUCUUCCUUAUGUACCGCGGUACCCGCCGCCGCCGCCUGCCUCCUGUUGAAUCCCCUGGAUCCCCUUUCAGGCUUUCACUUGGAUACAUCUGGUCGUCAAAAUCUGCUGUCAUACUUUUAUUAAGGUCACUAGUGUGACCAUAUAUGUAUCAAAUAUAAGUGUGUUACUGUUACCAAUACCAUAUUGCUUGAGUGCUGCAUGUUUUACUAUGUUUCGCGAAGUGGUGAAUGGUUGUCAAGGGCCCAAAGAGUUUGAAGAACUCAUCCUUGAUGGCCUCAACUAUCAUGCUUGGGCAUCAUUUGCCAAAUUUAAAAGAAAGUGCUCAUGAAAGCUAAGAUAUGAAUUGUACUUCAACCUUCAAUCUAACAUGAUACCGGUGGUUGGUGGUUU